AUGCAACUCCAGCUCUUGUCAGCCGACGAGUAUCUCCUGCCGUCUUCGCAGCUGAAAUUGCGGCCAAUGCGGGAGUACGAGCCGCUCAAUGCCCCGCAGCGAGCUGAGCUCGUGCGCCAACGUAAUAGCGUGGCAUUUGACCACCAGACGAUUGAACUGCGCCAGGCGUUUCGGACGGCCCCGGAGCCAGUGACAGUCGAGUUCCCGUCCCGGAACUCGAGUAUCCUGCGCAACCGGUCAACGUCAGGUAUCGGGCCUUCCUCCAUUACGGGUGGUCCUCACCCAUGGGGUAGUGAUGGGAACCUGGUGAACAAUAAGCACAACGAGCUCUUGAAGAAGAAGAAGAAGAAGGUGUCGUUCGUCCAGACUGAGCCGGAGCACGAGGUCGAGCACGCGAGUGGCUCUGCCAGCAGCAAUGGGGACAACCCGUGCAGCUGUCAGAGCUUUGGAUCGACAGAUGUGUGGAUUCAAAACAUGCCGUCGCCGAUCCAUGCGUCCUGUAGGCGCGCCGAGCUGCAGGCGCUCAAGCACUUGCUGAGCUUUUACUUUGGUGCGGACUUGAUCAAGCUCGUGAAUUCCAGCUGUGGUUGUGGCCGGACGCCAUUGGAAGUGGCCUGUGAAACGGGCAGCACGAAGAUUGUCAAGUUAUUGCUCAAACGUCAUGCGGAUCCCAAUGGAACAGGGAGCUGUUACUUGACGCCAGGAGCUCUUCGUCAGCCGACAUUAUCGAGUCAUAUUCGUCACCAUAGGAGACGAAGUGGGGACCCCGUGGUCGCUCAGAAGCAGGGGCAACGGACGUGCUUUGGCAUCGCUUGCAAGACCCGGAAACUGGAUAUUGUCGAGCUCUUGAUGCGCUACGGCGCUCGGGUCGAUGAGGAUGCUCUUGUGAUGGCUGCGAGUCAGGGACACGAGGACGUGAUUCGCACGUUGGUGACGCUUGCAAACGUGGAUGCCAAGAAGCGAAUGAGUCCGGUGCACCAUCUUUUUUACAAGAAGGGGGCCGAGGUAACUGAUCGCACUCACAUGCCUUUGAUUUCGAGCUCGUCGCUUCGAAAAGCGUGCUCGGCAGCAGCACUUGAACACACGGAAUUGGUCCGCGUCUUGUUAGGCACUGGCAAAGAUGUGGCUUCGAGAGAGAACAUCGUCAAGUGUGCAUUUGACGCCGUGCGGUUACCGGACUACCGCUUGCUCAAGUGUCUGGCCAAGCUGUACGAUGCCCGACUGCUGCUGGAUGCGCGUGACAAGACGUCACAGAGCUCGUUGUUGCAUUUGGCAGUGAAAAACGAUAGUGCCAAGGCGGUCUUGCUUCUGGUCAAGCUGGGUGCUGACGUGCACGCUCAAGAUGGUAGUGGCAUUGCACCGCUGUACUUGGCCUGUGCCCGUGGUCAAGAGGUGGUGGUUCACGCUCUUCUCGCAAGAGGAGCCAUGUGCACGGCUGUCGGACCUGGUGGUGAGACUGCGCUGCACAUCGCUGCCCAGGAGAACCAACUUGCUUGCGUGAAGCUGCUGCUUGAAGUGGGGAAGGUGCCAGUGGACGACGUCACACAUGAUGGCUGCACGGCGCUCCAUUUGGCGUGUCAGCGCGGUAAUACCGCCGUUGCUGCGUGUCUUCUGGACCAUGGAGCUAACGUGGAUGCCGUGACAAUCGGCAACGAAUCACCUCUGCUCAAGGCCAGCCGCAUGAGCCAGGUCAAGACUGUCGAGCUGCUGCUUUCUCGCAACGCCAGCGUGCAUCCCGUCGUGCUCACGUCAAGGACGUCAGAGCAGCAGUUGACAGUCGCUAGUGGUCCCCCUUUCGAGUCGUCUUCGUCGAACUUGUCUGGAUCAGGAGCGCAGUUGCCUUGGAGGCGAUCCUGGUCAUCGUCAGGCCAUGACUCACACCGGAAUAAUAGCAAGCGUAGCGAGCGCAUGUUCAUCCCCAAGUCCAGCACGCACACAUCGUUGAAGCACUGGUUUCGCUCGAUGCUGAGCAAUUGA